AUGGUUAUGGCAAGUCUGUUCGGCCUUUCGGCGCCAAUUGAUAUCGAAAUCCGUUACAACGGACAGGAGCAGCGGAAGCAAAUCGAGGCCAAAGUCGAUAAGGACAGGAGAGAAAAGUUUCCUCUCUACUUUGACGGUGAGACCGUUGCUGGCAAGAUCAACAUCCGAGUCAAGGACGGGAAGAAGGUGGAGCACAAUGGCAUUAAAGUGGAGUUUGUCGGAAGCAUAGAAAUGUUUUAUGACCGUGGAAACCAUUACGAGUUCAGGACAAUGCAGCAAGAGUUGGCAGUGCCUGGCGAACUUCGCAGCAACACCAGCUUUGACUUUGAAUUCAGGAAUGUGGAGAAGCAGUACGAGAGUUAUCACGGAAUCAACGUCAAACUGAGAUACUUUGUUCGCGUCACAAUUCUGCGUCGUUUGGCGGAUGUUGUCAAGGAGCAGGAUAUCUGGGUUCACUCGUAUGUGAUGCCAGCCGACGGCAACAACUCAAUCAAGAUGGAAGUCGGUAUCGAGGAUGCCCUCCACAUUGAGUUUGAGUACAACAAGUCCAGGUAUCAUUUGAAGGAUGUGAUUGUGGGCAAGAUUUACUUCUUGCUGGUUCGCAUCAAGAUCAAGCAUAUGGAACUUUCGAUUAUCCGACGGGAAACCACAGGAGCGCCACCCAACCAGUACAACGAGAGCGAGACGAUCACAAAGUUUGAGAUUAUGGAUGGUGCACCCGUCCGUGGCGAGACCAUCCCUAUCCGUCUGUUCUUGGGAGGCUUUGAGCUCACCCCCACCUUCCGCGAUGUUAACAUGAAGUUCUCUGCGCGGUACUACUUGAACUUGGUUCUUGUGGAUGAGGAGAACCGUCGGUACUUUAAGCAGCAGGAAAUCACCAUCUUCCGUCGCCAAGUCGAUGAUGAGGUUACGAACGACAACCCAUUGCAGAUCCAGCACAACGAGCCUUUGUAA